AACGUUUAGAAGUUUGCUUUAAACGUUAUAAGUUCUGAUUUUCCUUUUUCUAUUCUCUUCGCAUAAAGGUUCGUGAUCGGUUUUCUCUGGUAAUCAUCAUGAUUAAGCCAACUUUUACCUUGAUUCUGUUACUAUUCGCGAUAACAUUAGUCCAAAGUGCGUCUGAUGGCGAACUGGUUUUCAAAGAAAUGUGUAAUUGGCGUACUAGAGAGAUAAAAGCAGGAACUUUUGAUGAAGCUAUCAAAGCUAUGAACGUUUGUCGGGAAAAAGUAUUGUCCAAAGAUGAACUUGCUGCAGUCGAUAAAUGUGAAAGUGUUGUACCGAUGACCAAGGCUGACCAAGUUACCAAAACUUGUGCUGAUUUCAAUGGCAAUAAAGACAAGUAUUCUGAGCUUGUAGAAUGCGAAAAGAAAGCUGUUGGUAACAAGAUUGAAAAAUUCAUGGGGUGUUUCUUAGCCUUCGAAAAAGAUAAUGAGGGUUCGAGUGCUCAAAAAGGCCGUUAGUUUGGUGGAAAGAAAGUUAAACGAUGAAAAUAAAGAUUUGAUUCUCCCAGUUAUCAUUACAAUAUUGUAUCAAGUUCACUUUUAUAAUAAGCAAUUGAAAGCAAUAAUUUUGGUUUACUUUACUUAUUACCUUCCCUGAUAAAUACAGCUUAAACCAACUCGAAGGCAGAUCGGAAAUUACAAUGAUUUUAAUAGCAAUAAUGUGAUAACUCUAAUUAGUCCAUUAAAUAUUAAUUUCAUAAGACUAAAA